CCGCUCCGUCGUCCGUGACUCUCCUCUGGCAUCAGUUGCCUGUCGUCGUCUCAUCGUCUCGUCUCCCACCUCCGUCACGCGGCACGCCUUCUCUUUUGCGCCCCGCCUGCCCAGUUCCCCUUCGCCGCCGUGGACGCGCGAACCAACACCCGAACUGUCUGUCCCCAACAGAUAACGAGCACCCCCCGUCCGCGGCAGCUGCACCGCCCACGCUGCCGGCCGAAGCAGGUCCGGCGAGGGCGGCCCAGCCAAAGCUCUCUAGGCCUCCGCCUCCGGGCCCAACCCUAGCCACCUCCCGCGACGCCGGAGGCGGGGAGUGGGGGGCGCCAUGCUGUUCCAGGUGGGAGGGCAGGGCGCGCGGCCCACCUUCUUCGAGAUGUCCGCCGCGCAGCAGCUGCCCGCCAGCCUCCGCGCCGCCCUCACCUACUCGCUCGGGGUUUUUGCGCUAAGAAGACCAUUACUACACAAAGUUUUAGAUUACGAAGACGAAUUCUUUGCUUUGUUAAUGGGCGUCCUUGAGUCCCAUAGUCUACGGACAACAGAUGGUUCCUUUUCAGAGUCAUUAUAUGGCCUCAGGAGGAGACCUGUUAAGGUUUCAGUGAAGAGAAAAGGUCCUGGUACAGAAUCCAGUGACAAAGUCUAUGAUUCUGCACUAAGGAAGCGCCAGAAAAUCCUUUCGGUUGUUUUUUUGGUUGUUUUGCCAUAUUUUAAGUCAAAGUUGCAGUCUAUAUAUAACAAAGAAAGGGAAGCCAGGUUGCAGGCAACCCUUUGGGGUCAGGAUGAUGUUAGAUUUGAUGAAGCUGGCUUUGUAUUAGAUCAGGAGCAGACUUCUCAAUCACAGACUGAACCUACAACUGGAGAAGUGUCAAAUUUGACACGUUUUAAAAAGAAUUUUGUCUCACUUAUAGGUGUUUGCUAUCCAUGGAUUCAUGCAACUAAUGAAGGUCUCUCAUUUGCAUACCAGCUCUUGUAUCUGUUGGAUGCUACUGGAUUUUAUAGUCCAGCACUGCAUGUGCUUGGGCUUCAUGUUUGUCGUGCUACUGGACAAGAGCUGAUGGAAUCAUCUUCUAGGAUAUCAAGGAUUAGAAAUCGUGAACUUGAGAGACUUCGUGGUCCUCCAUGGUUCAAGGCUGUGCAACGAGUGUUCCUUAGUUGUGUGUACACAACUCUAGAUUAUGCACAAACCGGUUUAAUUGCUGCAGUCUUCUUUUUCAAGAUGAUGGAGUGGUGGUAUCAAUCUGCUGAAGAAAGAAUGUCAGCUCCAACUGUAUAUCCGCCACCGCCCCCUCCUCCAACUCCGAAGGUUGCCAAAGACGGGAUUCCCUUGCCACCUGACAGGACGCUCUGCCCCCUUUGCUGCCAGAAGCGUGCUAAUCCCUCUGUUCUUUCUGUUUCUGGUUUUGUUUUUUGCUACAGCUGCAUAUUCAAAUCUGUCUCUCAGCAUAAAAGGUGCCCUGUCACACUAAUGCCUGCCAGUGUUGAGCAAAUCAGGCGUCUCUUCCACGAUUUCUAGCCAUGAAAGACCCCAAAACUUUCUGUUUUCUAAAGACGAUGGACUUCAGCACACACAAACAUAUAUCAGAACCACCAUUUUGUUACACUACAAGAAACUCAGCCUCAAUGUACCCUUUUCAUACUGAAGCAAAUGCAUGGAUUGCACUUGCUUCUCGUUUUCCUUUGUACUUCUAUUUUUGCCCAUUGGAAGUUGCACGGCAAAAACAAAGCUGAAGUUUGAGCUUGACAGUCUUAGAAUAGGGUGUAUAAUCUGUUGUUAGGUGAUACUAGCAGAUCCAUUUAGAUGUGCUGACUGUAACCAGUUACCCACUGAGAGGUAAUUGUAUACCUGCAUGACAAUUUUCGGUCAUGUAAAGGUUGAUUAGUCUUCAUUUCCUUGUAAAAAAAUUGUCUGUAAUUUUGGAAUGGUCCUGCUGUUUUUGCAACGUUAUCGGCUGUUUGGAGUAACCUCCCAGAGUAUAUGUGUUGUAUUUUUCUGGCUCCUA